AUGGAACUUAAAUGUGCAGCCAGCUACAAAGGACAAAACGAUUGCGUCUAUGACACGAAAAACAACACUGAUGCUGCAGAGACGACAACUUCCGUUGCAGAUGUGACCACGGAAAGAUCCAUUACUACGUCAAAUGCAGAUCAGCUAACGGAGGGUCACACUUCGUCAGAAAUUACGGAGGUUCCAGUAACAUCGGAUGAAGACGACAUGAUAGAUUCGGAAGAAGUUUUCAAUACAAAUUCUCAAGAAGAACCAGAGACGACAGCGAUUCCGGAGAGGGACACUACUACAACAGCAGCUACAACUACUGUGCACGAACCAUAUAAAGCCCCAGUACCAUGGUGGGCUGCCGUUGCGGUGGGAUUCGUUGUUUCAGUGAUUGUUGCUUGGGCUGUCGUGAUUCUGCUACGAAAAAAGAAGCUACGAGAAGCUGAAGCUGCGAACAGAAGAUCGGUUGAUAAAGAGGCGGCUGUUGCUGAUCCACUGUUGAAACCAUCAGAAGUGACGGAUCAUUAG